CUGCUUAUUGUUCUCCGCCAUUUAUAUAUCUUUUUCUCGUAUCAACUCCACGUAGUGCAGGCAGCGGCCGAUCGGCGAUGCGCCGAGGAGGAGGAGGAGCUCCGUUUCGCCAUUAAGAUCGGAGAGAUCUAUCGAUAAGGGAUCGUCUGUAGUGGCAUCGGAAGAGGAAGCUCGAUCUCGAUGGCGGACGAGGCCGCCGAGGCGAUCCACUCCGGCAACCAACCCCGGGACCGACAGGACAUGAGCUUCCCCUUCGUCACGGAUCUUCCUUCUUCUUCCUCCUCCUCAUCCCAAUCCAUGCACGGAAGCUUCUUCAUGUACUCGAUCAACUGUUUUUUCCCGUUGUAUGUAGAUUUCAUAAAGAGUUUUCUUCUUGCGCACGAAAUCAACUGCUCGUGAUUUGGGAUAUUUCUGUAGAUGAAGAUUUAGUUUGUUCUUUUUGUUCGAAACUAACUCCUUGGAUUAGGAUGCUUUGUUGGCCACAUAUAUAGCGAAGAAAUUGAAACUUUUGUCCUUUCUGGUGUUGUUCGCUAGCACAAUAGUCUUCAAUUUGGAAAAGCAAGGAGAUUGGACCUUACGAUCUAGGAGAGUUGGAUCAAGCUCUAUUCAUGUAUUUAGAUGGGCAAGAUCAUUCAGCAUCACCUCAAGAACAAAGACAGACGUUGAAUAUUUUUCCUUCUCAGCCCAUGCAUGUACAGCCUUCCACCAAGGUUGGAAUUGGCUCCCAAAAGCCUUCAGAGUUUACCAUGAACUCCACCAUUAAAGAUGCUCCUCCAUCAGCAGUUGUCAAGGAAGGAGGCAGGAAAGGCACAAGCACUGGUCCAGAUCACGAAGAAGGCCCCAAGACACCAGACCCUAAGAUAUUGAGAAGGCUUGCACAGAAUAGGGAGGCAGCUAGGAAAAGCAGGCUUAGGAAAAAGGCAUAUAUACAGCAACUAGAGAACAGUCGGAUCAAGCUUACUCAGCUUGAACAUGAGCUUCAAAGGGCAAGAACUCAGGGUUUGUUGUUGGGUGGUGGAGCUGCUGUUCUUGGGGACCAAGGCUUCCCUACCACCAUUAGUGGUCUCAGCUCAGUAGCCGCCAUGUUCGACAUGGAGCACAUGCGAUGGCUGGAAGAACAGCACCGGGUGAUGUGCGAGCUCCGGGCGGCGGUGCAGGAGCACCUGCCGGAGACCGACCUGCAGAUAUUCGUCGACAGCUGCCUCGCACAUCUCGACCAGUUGACGCAGCUCAAGUUCCUUGUCAUCAAGUCCGACGUCUUCCACCUCAUCUCCGGCACCUGGUUGACCCCCGCCGAGCGCUGCUUCAUGUGGAUCGCCGGUUUCCGCCCCUCCGACCUCAUCAAGAUGGUGUUGAGGCACAUCGAGCCAUUAACGGAGCAGCAGAUAGUGGGCGUCUGCGCGCUGCAGCAGUCGGCGCAGGAGACGGAGGAGGCGCUCAGCCAUGGACUCGAGGCGCUCAAUCAGUCCGUCUCUGCCGCCAUCGCCGCCGACGCCCUGAGUUGCAACAGCCUCAACGUGGCCGACUACAUGGGGCAGAUGACCGUCGCCAUGGACAAGCUCGCGGCCAUGGAGGGCUUCGUUAGACAAGCGGAGAACUUGAGACAGCAGACACUGCAGAGGCUUCAGCAGAUGCUGACGACGGCGCAGAUGGCGCGAAGUUUGCUGGCCAUCGCCGAGUACUUCCACCGCCUUCGCGCUCUCAGCUCGCUUUGGCUUUCCCGGCCAAGGCAACAAGACUUCAACUCCUGACUCCACCCCAUCGAGACGGAGACGGAGACGGAGACGGAGACGGAGACGGGGCAUGUGUCAUGUCCUUGUAAGUGUGUAUUAAUUAAACUUGAUUAAUUUGCAAAAAUAACGACACAAUUAUUUAAUAUAUAUUUCAUCUACUAAA